UCCAUUCCCUCCUGUUUUAGCCUUGCGUCUUUAUCGCUCUCUCUCUCCCUAUCCUUCCAAACGCACUGUUGUUUUCUGCUUCAGCUCUCAUCAGUCACCAUUAUCAACUCUUGAUAACCGAUAAUCAGAUUCCAUUCACGUGUUCUUUACACAUAAGUAAUUCAGGUUUCUUGGCAAUAUAGUUUCAGUGUGUGUACGUUUGUAGCAUAGAAAUCAGUAGAAGAUCAGGCAAAUCUUGAAAUUUUUUUUUUUUGGGAGAAGAUUUGCUGCUUUGUUUGAAGUCUUGUUGGAAUUAAUGAAGAUCCCUCAUAAUAGAUUUCAAUGAAAAUGGGAAAAUAUAUAUCUCGACUCAAAGCAAGGAAUUUCUCUAAUGUUUCACUCCAAGAAAGUUUGUGAAUGAUCUGCAAGUCAUUGGGAGGGAGUUUUGCUACUGAUUCUUUUCCUGUUUGAUAAUACUUUCACCUUUUCUUUUGUUUAUUUUGUAGUUUGAGGUUCCUUCUAGGAAAACCUUUGCAUAUAGAGGGCGAUGUUUAGAGUUUAGACAUAACAAAUGAUCAUGAGAUGCAACUUAGACAAUAUAUACACUUGGAUUUGUUUCUGAUAGAUCUGCUGUGCCUGUGCAUUAGUAUUCUGUGAUCUUCCUUUCAAGAUUCUUUUUGUUGUUAUUUAUUUGAUAUAAAAGAAAGUUCAUUAGACAAUGGCUUCACCAGAUCUUCAUUCCUCCUGGCUAUCUGCAGCUGGUGAAUCUGUUAGUGGAUGUUUCAAUAUAAAUAUGGAGGGAAUGAAUUCUUCCGAUGUUUUACAUGUGCUGGAAUCUCCCGCCUCUUCUAUGUCCUACCAUAGUAGCAUACCCAAACCACCUCCUUUUCCUGAUAGAACAUUUAGAACCAAUCACAAAAGAAUUUCAGGGUGUUCCUCUGUCCCAAAGGAGAUAUUAGAUUCAUGGGACAGGCUAUUCAAGGAAGGAUAUGGUUCAGAUGUCUAUAUUAUUACAGAUGGCAAAUCAUAUAUUCCAGCUCAUUUCAAUGUUUUGAGUAUUGCAUCACCAGUACUCCAGAAUCUUCUUCAGCAAUCAAAAGUUAAGAAUGGAAUUAGAUAUAUCAAAAUUCUCGGUGCACCUUUUGAAGCUGUUUAUGCAUUCAUUCGGUUUUUGUACUCAUCCCGCUUUGAGGAGGAAGAGAUGAAGAAGUUUAUUCUCCAUUUGUUGGUUUUGUCACACUCGUAUUCGGUCCCAUCACUGAAAAGAAUUUGCAUACACUUUCUUGAGCAGGGUUGGUUGGCCAAAGAAAAUGUGGUGGAUGUGCUUCAGUUAGCAAGGAUCUGUGAUUCACCACGGCUGUCCUUUAUUUGUGUUCGUAUGGUAGUGAAGGACUUCAAAUCUGUAUCAUCGACUGAAGGUUGGAAGGUUAUGAAGCGAACUAAUCCUGCCCUUGAACAAGAGCUUGUGGAGUCUGUCAUUGAAGCAGAUUCUAGAAAACAGGAGAGAUUGAGGAAACUGGAAGAGAAAAAGGUGUACUUGCAACUCUAUGAGGCAAUGGAGGCCCUCCUUCACAUAUGCAGGGACGGAUGCAGGACAAUAGGUCCGCGUGACAAAGUGCUGAAAGGAACCCAAAUCACAUGUAAUUUUCCUGCUUGCAAAGGGCUUGAGAACUUAGUUCGUCAUUUCUCCAAUUGUAAGACUCGAGUUCCUGGUGGAUGCGUUCACUGCAAGCGCAUGUGGCAGCUUCUUGAACUGCAUUCCCGCAUGUGCAACGAGCCAGAUUCGUGCAAGGUUCCACUUUGUAGGCAUUUCAAGGAAAAAAUGCAGCAGCAGACUAAGAAAGAUGAAACUAGGUGGAAACUACUGGUUGGCAAGGUAGUAGCAGCAAAGGGCAAACUGGGGCCUUUCUAAGAUCAGCAUCUAGGUUUAUCAUGAGCCCUUGAAUUUUAUUACCUUGUUUCUUCAGCCAUUACAAUUGUAAGAAAUAAUGGCAACUGUAAAAUGAAAAAAUGGUUAUAAAAUGGAUGGUUUUCUUGGUUAGAA